AUGCAGAGCGCGGUUCGCCUACAUAAGUCGCUACCAUCUGGAGGAAUAUCCCUAAACCAACCCAUCACCAUUUCUACCCCUUCGUUCACUUUCCCUAUGCCGAAAUGGAUAGAAAAUUGUGUCAGAUUCAAACUGCCUCUCAAUAUUAAUAGUAGCAACAUCGAAAUCUGUCUUCCGUCGCCUAGCAGCUUUCGGAACACUCUAGUACUUAUUACAUCCCCGUUUAAGAACAUCUACUUCUGGAUCUGGCUCAUAUACUCCUUCUCGUUCAACGGCUUCAAGCGAUUUGACAGCGUUAUACUUCCACAACCAUUUUCACAAAUAUAUAGCUUCCUACUCGGAUCUACAGAGCUUGCCGCGGCCAUAAAGUCAGAGAUACUCUCAAGAAUCCACGGCAACGCGGCGUUAUCCUGGUUUUUCUUCUUUUAUGGACCUGAAUUGCUUCCAGGGGGGCAUAAUUUCUUUGAGUCGCUCCAGUACUACGACGACUGGAUUGAAACUUAUAAGCUUGGCUUAUUGUUGCUCCCAGAGCUGUGGGGGCUGUUAAACCGGGUUCUAUAUUUCUGCUUGCAGUUGGUUAACCUCAUCCCCAAAGUGAUAUUUAUUAUUGCACUUAUUCUCCCAUUUACGAGUUUCAACUUUGUUGUAGUUAGAAGCUUGAGCCCGCUCCUUGCUGAUUUAUUUCACAGAGAGUUCGAAGGUAACUUCAAAAUCUGGGAAUCUCACAUUGUCGAACCGCUGAUUUGCUGGUACAUUGUAGGUCUGCCCUUUAUUCCUCUGAACAUUUAUUGUCAACUAUUUAACGCUGUUAUCGAUGCCGGGCUAUACACCUACCAAGAACGUAAGCCGAGUGCAGGUAUACCCUGGGCCUUCUUUAUAUGGUUCUUGAUCGCUCUCUUUAGCUCAGCAAUGUUCAUGAUCGCUGUACUGUUCGCCUGGGAUCUUUCCUUUUUUGCUUUGCCAUGGUGUUUCUUCUCGGUUUCAUACCUCUUUCGUGGAGCCCGCGAGCGUCGUAGUCCUGUGGACUCUCGUUUGAGUGAGUCUUCUGGGGGGGAUAGGGAUCGUAUGUGGGCUAUUGGAUGGAUGAAUGGAUAUAGAGAAGGGCAGAUUCAGUAUCGGCAAAAACUUUAUGAGAUGAUGGGGGCCAACGGUGGCAGCGAGGACGAGGACGAAAACCAAGGGCAUGAUAUUAAAAAUGAGGACCACAAAGGAGAUGGGAUAGACCACUCACGCUACUUCUACGAUGAAAGAUCUAGAUAUAACGGGAGGUUCAGGCCUGUGGUUCCAAAUCCAAGACCGCCGCCUCAGGGCUCAACUCUCACCAAUGCAGCCCUUUUGCAAGGAGAUAGGUCAUUGUGGGAGGGCGAUAAAUUAUAA